GGGGGAGUGUCUGCCCGCCGCAGCCGCCGCCGCCGCCACCGUUGCUGCCGCUUGCUAUCGCUGUUGCCACCGGGGCUGAGGAGUUUGCUGAAGCCUUGGCCUCAGAACCGGCCCAGUCUUCCCGCCCGCACUCCGGACGCCAGCGCCGAGAGCACUGACCGCUCUGACCGGUGCAGAAGCAGGAGUUGCCUCAGCCUGUGGAGCGGCGGGGACGGCCCCGGCUCCCCUUCCUCUCCCUGACCCCUUCCUUUCAUCGUCUCAGUCAUGGGGAACGCGGCGACCGCCAAGAAAGGAAGCGAGGUGGAGAGCGUGAAAGAGUUUCUAGCCAAAGCCAAAGAAGACUUUUUAAAAAAAUGGGAAAAUCCUGCUCCGAAUAAUGCCGGGCUGGAAGAUUUUGAAAGGAAAAAAACCCUUGGAACAGGUUCAUUUGGAAGAGUCAUGUUGGUGAAACAUAAAGCCACUGAACAGUAUUAUGCAAUGAAGAUCUUAGAUAAGCAGAAGGUUGUUAAACUGAAGCAAAUAGAGCAUACUUUGAAUGAGAAAAGAAUAUUACAGGCAGUGAAUUUUCCUUUUCUUGUUCGACUGGAGUAUGCUUUUAAGGAUAAUUCUAAUUUAUACAUGGUUAUGGAAUAUGUCCCUGGUGGUGAAAUGUUUUCACAUCUAAGGAGAAUUGGAAGGUUCAGUGAACCCCAUGCACGGUUCUAUGCAGCUCAGAUAGUGCUAACAUUCGAGUACCUCCAUUCACUAGACCUCAUCUACAGAGAUCUAAAACCUGAAAAUCUCUUAAUUGACCACCAAGGUUAUAUCCAGGUCACAGACUUUGGGUUUGCCAAAAGAGUUAAAGGCAGAACUUGGACAUUAUGUGGCACUCCAGAAUAUUUGGCUCCAGAAAUAAUUCUCAGCAAGGGCUACAAUAAGGCAGUGGAUUGGUGGGCAUUAGGAGUGUUAAUCUAUGAAAUGGCAGCUGGCUACCCCCCAUUCUUUGCAGACCAACCAAUUCAGAUUUAUGAAAAGAUUGUUUCCGGAAAGGUUCGAUUCCCUUCUCACUUCAGUUCAGAUCUCAAGGACCUUCUAAGGAACCUGCUACAGGUGGACCUGACGAAGCGGUUUGGAAAUCUAAAGAAUGGUGUGAGUGAUAUAAAAACUCACAAGUGGUUUGCCACAACUGAUUGGAUUGCUAUUUACCAGAGGAAGGUUGAAGCUCCAUUCAUACCAAAGUUCAGAGGCUCUGGAGAUACCAGCAAUUUUGAUGACUAUGAAGAAGAAGAUAUCCGUGUCUCUAUAACAGAAAAAUGUGGAAAAGAAUUUUGUGAAUUUUAGAGAUGAGCAACAAGAUGACAUCAGAGCUCACACUCAGUCUUUGCACUCUGUUAAGAGAUAAGGUAGAGCUGAGACCGUCCUUGUCGAAGCAGUUACCUAGUUCCUUCAUUCCAGCGACUGAGUGAGGUCUUUAUUGCCGUCAUCCGUCUGUGCACUCUACAUCCACCUAUGUAACAAGGCACCGCUAAGCAAGCAUUGUCUGCGCCAUAACACAGAACUAGACACUUUCCUGCUUCUCUUUGGUUCGUCUUUCUCCUCUUCUCCUAAAUCCAUUUCUUCCCGUUUCAUUUUCAUUAAUUUUUCUGCAAAUAGUGCUUCAUUUUAUUUUGUUGGUGUUGCAGAUGGGCAGUGUUACGGCUAUGUGACAUUGGAAGGGAAGGAUAAAUGUUGCUUUUAGUAGUUCUUACCAAUAUUUUUGUUGGUCAGUUGCUUAAGGAUAUACUUUCUAAUAAUUAUUUUUACUUUGAAUAGCUCAUAUUCAGUUUUGCCAAAACGCUGGACAAUUUUUGAAGAUAUAAUGUCUUUACACCAAGGAUAUUUAUACAAAUAAAACAAUAACUUUCCUAGAACUAAUACAGAGUAGCUAGACCCAGCAAUUUGAUUCCUACAGAUCAGAAGCUCUAUUUCACUUCACCGCCUUUCCUGUCAUCCUCCCCUUGAGUAAAUAAGUGACCAGCCUGUGCACUAUGACAAGCGUGUCUCAUUUGCAGGAAAAGCUAAUGACAUGGAUCAUCAUCGCCCAGGUUCUCUCACUUGAUACCAGCAUUUAUGUAGGUAUCAGAGAAGAGUUCUAAGAAUUCUAAACUUUAACUUUCCAUAAGGGUUUUAGCCAGUAUUUUAAUAGAACAUGACUAAUGAAAGUGACACAUUUUUAAGUUUCUCAAAUAGUCCCCAUUGUAAACUUUUGAAAGGAAGAGAAAUGAAGUAAAAUGAACAUUAACGUGAACAAAUACUUAGCUACGUUCAAACAAAUGGCUUGAUUCUUGUAAACAAUAUAGAGGCACUUUUGUUUAAAUACAAAGGUUUUUUUGUUUAUUUUGCUUUGCUUUGCUUUGUUUUGUCACAGUAAGAACAAAAGUUGUUGUCAGGUGAUUAUGCUGUUGUACUAUAUUUGUCAGCCUGAGGUAGAGGCCCUGUUGCAACUUCGGCUUUCAUCCUAUGCCUCAGCAAUGAGGAAAGGGGACAAAAUUUAUAAAACUACCACAAUUGUGUUUUAAUUUUGAGGUGUGGUAUUUUUAGAUAUGUUGUAAUUUCUUGCCUCUUCUUUCAGUAAAUGGAAUUAUGAUCAUGCAGAUACAAUUUUAGUAUUUGAGUUUAGUCGUUUUAAUAUACUUUUUUGCCAAUUGACUUAACAUUGCUGUCAUGUGGAAAUUUCAAGCACUUUUGCACAUUUCGUUCACUGUUUGUUAAGACUCCACGGCUUAACUCAGUUUUUUAAAUAUGUUUUUUCUUUGCUUUUAAAUUUCCUGUCUGGUUUUAUCUCUAUGUGUCAGUGACCUAUCUUAAAACAACACACCAAAAUAGUUGAAAAUAAACUGUGUUCAUUUUUUAUGAUCAAUUUACCUGCAUAUAAGAUGAGUUGUGUUUAAUCAAACUGAUCUUAAUGUAUAAAAGCACUCUAUUUGCUUCAUUAUUGGUGCAGGUAGGUCACUGAUUCUACUUCUUUUCAUCUGUACCACACCCUUGUAAAACCUUUGAAGACACUGAAAAAAAUCUGUCUGAGAUAUUCUCCUUAUCAGUCUGUACAUCUUUUGGUUGUCAAGUGUUUCUGCAUGGUCAUGUCACUUAAAAGCUGAUACUGAUUUGUUGGUCACCUAUAUUUAAAAUGUGCAAGAAAAAUAUUAAAUACUUUGCUGUAGCAAGUUUUAUGUAACAAAAAUAUAUCAUGUUAAUAAAUCUAAAAAAUUUUAAUUACUUUUUUUGUAUUUCAUUUAGACCCAAGAACAUGCUCAUCAUGUAUUCUAUAUGUAUGCUAUAAAUGCCAUGGUACCUUUGUUGUAUAUUAUUGUAAAAUUAUUACAAAAUAAUUUUAGUAAAUCAUGGGGGUGACAUUUUGAUUAUUACAUUUUUAGUUUUCAGUAAUUAAAAAGAUUUCUAUGAAUUCU